AUAAAGCAGCGCCGUGCUUCUGCGUCUGUGAUUCGGCUGAAGAACUGUUUGAAUCUUAAUUCAUUUAAACUGUUUAAAUCGAUGUAAAUGGUUUAGUGACUUGUAUAGUUUAACAAGCAAACUAUAGUUAAUUAAUCAUUAUUGGAAGUAGCAUUGAAAUGCUUUAUCUAACGUUAAAACGUGCUGUUUUGUGAAAGUAGGGCGCAGGUGAGUAAGUGAACAGAAAAGCUGCAUCUCAUUUCUGUCUCUAUAUCGUGAAUCAGUUCAUAAUAAACACGAAUUCAGUCGCUGAGUGAAGCUCCGAGUCAACUGAAUCAAAUGACUCUCUGUUCUGAAUCACUUCACGCUGAACUGACUCUCGACAGAUCACUGAAGCAGGGAGCCGAUUCUGACUCAUCCAGAGAUUCAGUUCAGAUUCAUUCAUCUUUCUGUUAAUUAAUCUCCUCUUAAUCAUGUGUGAACAGAGGAGAGACUCCUGCUGAGAUCCUGUUACAGAGAUGGCAGUUAUUAAAGAGGAGAGUGAAGACGUGAAGAUUGAAGACACCUUCAGAGUCAAACAAGAAGAUACUGAGGAACACACAGGACCCGAUGCCACUGAAAGAGGAGAGUCGAGAACAUGAUGAAAUGGAAGAGAAAUGUCAUUAUGAGAAACAUAACGGGUUCAUAACUGAAGAAAACUCUAUUAGCUGCUCGCAGACUGAAAAGACCACGGCUCAGAUCACCGAGACUGGAAGUGAAUUCACCUGCCAACAGUGUGGAAGGAGUUUCGCUAGAAAAGGAAACCUUAAAGUCCACACGGGAGUUCACACCGGAGAGAGACCGUACUCGUGUGUGCUGUGCAGAGCGAGUUUCACACGCAGAGGAAGCCUUAAAGCGCACAUGAGAACACACCCCGGAGAAAGCCCUUACAUCUGCAAACCAUGUGAGAAGAGCUUCUCAAGCAAAGAAGGCCUUAAAGCCCACAUGAGACGUCACGCCGGAGGCAAGCCGUUUACAUGCGAUCAGUGCGGAAAUAAGUUCACACGCAAAGAAUCGCUCGAGUACCAUGUGAGGAUUCACACCAGAGAGAAGUGUUUUAAGUGUCGUCAGUGUGGAACGAGGUUCAGCGACAAAAAUUCUCCUUAAGGAUCAUGUAAUAAUAGCUCACGCUGGAGAGAAGCCUUUCAUGUGCGAACACUGUGGAAAGACCUGCUCAAACCAAGCGAACCUUGAAAUCCACAGGAGAAUUCACACCGGAGAGAAGCCCUUCACCUGCCCUCAGUGUGGAAAGAGCUUCACAGCCAAAGGAAACCUCCAGACUCACAUACGGAUUGAGAAGACAUGCAUAAGCCAGACCUUAUUUCUGCACUUUGUGUGGAAAGAGUUUUAGAUGGCUUUGGUAGUUUAAAAUGGCACCAGAAAAUAUGCAUCUGUGUG